AUGUCUCCACUUCGUAUACCUCUAAACUUCAACCCGAAGAUCAAAACUUCAACACUACAACCAUACAAGGGCCCUGAACCCUACGGCUCGACAGAUGAAUGCCUGCUUUCAUUAAGCCCGGCUGCGAUUCGCGGCAUCGCUUUGCCUAAGCUCGUCCACCAAACAGGCAAAGCUCUCUUCAGAGCUCUUCUCCGCGCCGGCUACCGUGUCCCUCUCCCCCAUCAUGUCGCUACCGCUCUAGACGAAAAGCAAAACCCCAUUCGCGCCCUCAUCCGCAAUGGCUUCCGCCGCAACAGCUCCGAGACCAGCUUGCGCCUGGUCAAUUCGGCCCUCAACAAAGGCUACCGCUUCCUGGAGCUGCUCACCCUCGCGCGCGACGAGUCCUCCCCCGCCCACGCCGACGUCCUCCGAUUUCUGCGCGAAAACAAUGAGCGCGUUCUCGCCAUACGCGAAAAGAAGCGCCAGGAGGCAGAGAAAUUCAAGAAAUUUGCGCCGAACCCCGACGCCGUCCCUCUGCUGACCAAGAUCCCGAGCCCGGACGGCAAGGGCCCGCCGACCUUUGUCCCGACCGUGCGUCCGCUCCCGCUGGAGAAGCUAUCCGGCGGCGUGCGCAAGUUACCUACCCUCGACGAACUCGGCGGCCACCCGUUCCUGCGCCUGCGCAAGCCGCAAUCCGAAUACCUCGGUCGCGUGCUCCGACAAAAAUUCCAGCGACGCCAGCGACGGGCCGAAAAGUACCACGAGCUCGUCAGCGAAGAGCUGGCUGACGCGGAGCAGGAGGAUGCGUGGGACGACAUGGUGGAGGAGAUGCUGCAGGGCGAGCCGCAGCCGUGGGAAGAGCCAGGGUACUAUACUACAGACGGUGCGGGCCGGCAGCGAUGGACGCAGAGCAAGCAGUCGGCCAAGCGGGCGCGGGCGAGCUAUGGGUCGUAUGCGCACGCUGUCAAGCUGGCUAUGGCAGACAUCGAGCUUAAUCAGAAGCGGGAGUGGGACGAGAUGAUUGCCAGGGGCAAGGCGUUGUGGAAGUUGGUGCUAGAGGAGAGGGCGCUGGCGGAGAAGGAGAAGAAGAGGAGGAAAAAGAAGGAAAAAGUUCAGAGGAAGAGGGAGGGGAGGAGGGCGGUAAAGGCGGAGAGGAGGGAGGCGAGGCGGUUGAGGAGGAUAGCAAAGAGGAGGGAGGCGAUACGGAAGUGGUGGGCUAGGACUCAGGAGAGGAAGAAGAGGGAAAGGGCUGAGAGGAAAAGACUGCAGAUGGAGCAGGAAGCGCGGCCACUGGAAGAGGCGAAGUCUGAAGAGCCGGCUGCUGCCACGGCCGCAGCGGUUGAACAGGAAUCUGGGAAAGUGAAGAACGAAGACAACGCGCCUGAGGAGCGACGUCCAAGGGGUUCGCAGGCAUUGAAAGCGACCCGCCAACCCAAGAAGACCAACGUCCAGACAGUAGGGAAUGUGAAGAACACCGAGUCUCCAGCACUACUCGCAGAACCGGCAAAGGAACCCGAAGCAAGCCCGGAAGAAACACCAGCAUCUCUUCAGGAAAAGGAAUCAGAGCCGGAACCAGUGGAGGUACAACUUCAGGAAGAGCCAACACCAGCUUCUCCAGCGCCCAAGAAGAGAGGAAGGCCAAGGAAGGUGGAAUCCGAGACCCCGGCGACAGAACCCUCCGCCGAGCCAGAAACCACAGCGCCAAAGAAGCGAGGUAGGCCACGAAAGGUGGUAACCCCUACCGAGGAAGAAGCUCCAAAGAAGUGCGGUAGGCCUCGGAAAGCGGUAGCCCCUCCGGAAGAAAACAAUAACAGCAACAAGGAAGAGGCGGCUCCAAGAACCCCAGCUCAAACCACCCGCGCUUCACACGACGGCGGCGUUGCGCGCGACACUUUCCCACCAACGGCCAUACAUCCAACUGGACGAAAUCAGAUCCGGAAGCGACCCAGUGAUCGUAUGUACUUCUCCACCUCGAGCAGACAGCAUACAAUUUGCCCGAAGAGGGAGAUGGAACUGUUUAUGGUAGCAGCUUUUUCUGGGAACCUCAACUGGGAAGACAUAUCAAUCCCCAAGGAUUGGAAUGAGCCCGAGUCUCCAGCGGGGCCCAAGAUGAGGGAAAUACCGUGGAAGGAUGCAACAGAAGCCCUGGCAGAGGCAAUUGCCAAGCGACCUGAAAAGAAGAGGGGAAGGCCCAAGAAGGAGAUAACAGGAACGCCGGCGGCGGAUUCUAAGCUCCCCAAGAAGAGAGGAAGGCCAAAAAAGGUCACGGCGAUAGUCUCCGAAAACCCUUCUGCGGAACACAACUCCCAAAAUCAGCCUGUUGCUGCUCCUAUUACGGCUGCUGCUACUGCUGCUCCUACUACUACCACCCCGACGUCAACAGCUUCGCCCACCGCCCCAACAACCCCCCCAGCGGCAACCCCCAAGAAACCCAGCAGGAGCAAAAAGAACCAAUUCUCCCCGUCCGAAGCCGCCACCCUCUUCGCCCAAACCCGCAUUCAGUCCCUCCUCAUCUGCUCCCUCUACCAAUACCAUAACAGCCACCGCAAAAGGUUGCUUAUACGCGCCCCCAACCCCCAUGACCCUCUCGACCCGCUUGCUACCAGCAUCACCACCCCCUUCACCACCCCCUUCACCAAGCGUCUCAUCAAGCUUCCCACCAAACUCACCAACAAAACCACAGCCUCAGCUGCCCAAGCCCUAGGCCUCAAACUGGACAAAACGGACGUAUUCUGGAACGGCAACCUAUACAAAGAUCGCUACAUCGCGCACGAACGCGACAUGAAAUGGUUGGCCGAAAGCAUAUACCUACAAGAAGGAACUGGGUAGACAAGAUGAUUAACGAUGCUGUCUACCGCCAGCGCCGCGGAAGAUACACCAUGGACCUGUGGGAACGGGCUCUUUGCAGAUGGGUGGAGAUAGACAAUCCGUUUAACGUCAGACAUGUCUUCAAGAAACCCGGGCAGCAGGACAAAGAAUUCAUCU